UGUCUUUCCAAAUCAGGCAAUUAAAAUUGAGCCGCAUUGGAGAAUCAAAAAUUUUCUUUUUUUUUUCUUUUCUGUUUGAGAAGAGAUUAAAAAAAAAUUAUAAAAAAUUAUGAGAAGAGGAUGUUAAAAGGAAGAAGUCUUUAUAGUCAAACCUAUUAUCAGAACCUUGUCUAUCCUAUACCCCUAUCCAGACAUAGUCAGACUACUACAAGAUGCAACUUUCAUGGAAGGAUAUACCAACAGUUCCAACUUCGAACGAUAUGUUGGACAUUGUUCUUAAUAGAACUCAAAGAAAGACUCCAACUGUUAUAAGACCUGGUUUCAAAAUUAGUCGUAUUAGGGCUUUCUAUAUGAGAAAAGUUAAGUUCACCGCUGAAGGGUUUGGUGAGAAGUUCACUGAUAUCAUUGGUGGAUUCCCUAACAUUAAUGAUGUUCAUCCAUUCCAUAGAGAUUUAAUGGAUACUCUUUAUGAAAAGAAUCAUUAUAAAGUUUCUCUUGCUGCUGUAUCCAAAGCCAAAACUUUAAUUGAACAAGUUUCCAGAGAUUAUAAUAGAUUAUUGAAGUUUGGUCAAUCAUUAUAUCAAUGUAAACAAUUGAAAAGAGCUGCUUUAGGUAGAAUGGCCACCAUUACUAAGAAAUUAAAAGAUCCUUUAGUUUAUUUAGAACAAGUUAGACAACAUUUAGGUCGUUUACCAAGUAUUGAUCCAAAUACUAGAACUUUAGUUAUUUGUGGUUAUCCAAAUGUGGGUAAGUCUUCUUUCUUAAGAUGUAUCACUAAAGCUGAUGUUGAAGUUCAACCAUAUGCAUUUACUACUAAAUCUUUAUAUGUUGGUCAUUUUGAUUAUAAAUAUUUAAGAUUUCAAGCUAUUGAUACUCCAGGUAUCUUGGAUAGACCAACUGAAGAAAUGAAUAAUAUUGAAAUGCAAUCUAUUUAUGCUAUUGCUCAUUUAAGAUCAUGUGUAUUAUAUUUCAUGGAUUUAUCCGAACAAUGUGGUUUUUCAAUUGAAGCUCAAGUUAAAUUAUUUCAUUCUAUUAAACCUUUAUUUGCUAAUAAAUCCGUUAUGGUUAUUAUGAAUAAAAGUGAUAUUAUUAAAGUUGAAGAUUUAGAUACUAAUAGUCAAGAAUUAUUAAAAUCUUUAACUACUUUACCUGGUGUUGAAGUUAUGCAUACUUCAUGUCAUGAAGAAGAUAAUGUUAUGCAAGUUCGUAAUCAUGCUUGUGAAAAAUUAUUAACUGCUAGAAUUGAACAAAAAUUAAAGGGAACUGCUCGUGUUAAUAAUGUAUUAAACAAGAUUCAUGUUGCCAGACCUCAAGCUAGAGAUGAUGUUGAUAGAUCAGCAUUUAUUCCUGAUGCUGUUAAAGAUUUAGAAAAAUUCGAUAUUAAUGAUCCAAAUAGAAGAAAAUUAGCUAGAGAUAUUGAAUCUGAAAAUGGUGGUGCCGGUGUAUUCAAUAUUAACUUGAAAGAUAAAUACUUAUUAGAAGAUGAUGAUUGGAAGAAUGAUAUUAUGCCUGAAAUCUUAGAUGGUAAGAAUGUUUAUGAUUUCUUAGAUCCAGAUAUUGCUGCUAAAUUACAAGCUUUAGAAGAUGAAGAAGAAAGAUUAGAUGCUGAAGGUUUCUAUGAUUCUGAUUCUGAUCUCGAAGGUGAUGAUGAAGAAAUUCAAGAUAUUAAAGAAAAAGCUAAAUGGAUUAGAGAUAAACAAAAGACUAUGAUUCUUGAAGGUAGAAAUAGAAAAUCAUUAAAGAAUAAAUCUAUAAUGCCAAGAGAUAAAAUUAAGAAAUCAUUUAAUCAAAUGGAAGAACAUAUGUAUAAUAUUGGCCAUGAAACUGAAACCUUGAGAGAAAAAUCAGGUCAAGCUAAAUUCAAGAAAGAAUUAUCUGGUGUUGAUAUAUUAAAGAAGAAUCAAGGUAUACAAUCCUCCAAGAUUGCUAAACGUACAGCCCAAGCCAAUCAAACCGAUCGUCUUAAUGAUGGGGUUUCCGAUGGUGCUAUGAGAUCUCAAGCUGAAAGAUUGGCCAAGAUCCAAAGAAGAGAAAGAAAUAGACAAGCAAGACAAGGUGAAGGUGAUCGUCAUUCAACUGCUAUGUUGCCUAAGCAUUUAUUCUCUGGUAAGAGAGGUAUUGGAUCAACCGAUCGUCGUUAGGGUAAAAAGUGGGAUUCAUGCAUUUAUUAUUUAUAUAUGUCAUAUCAAGUUUUUUUGUGCAAUAGUUUUUAAUUUAAUUUACAAA